GAUGUAGUAAAACUGGUUCUCUCCCACCCAACACACAUCGUGUUAGUGAACCAUGUAAAUCGUGUGUCUGUAUUUUCCAAUUCUCGCUUUCGUAAUCUCGCUUUUUCCAGUUAGAAUUCUGUUUAUCAAUUUUGAUCCACAUUGUCACCCGUCACUUCUACACUUCUCCGCCGCACCACCCAGCCGCCGGCGCCGGAAAUCCGCUUCUCGUUUCCAGUAUGUCUCAAUCAACCAAAAACCCAGCUGUCGAGGAGAAGAGGGUCACAAUUUCAAACAAGCACGGUGAGAAGCUGGUAGGAGUGCUGCAUGAUUCUGGGUCCAGGGAAAUCGUUGCUGUGUGCCAUGGCUUUCAAUCCACAAAGGACAAUACAAUCAUGAAGAAACUUGCUAAAGCAUUGGUCAAGGAAGGAAUCUCAGCCUUUCGAUUCGACUUUGCUGGUAAUGGGGACAGUGAAGGUACAUUUGGUUAUGGUAACUAUUGGAGAGAAGCUGAUGAUCUGCACUCUGUGGUCGAACACUUUGCUGGACAGAACCGAGUUGUUAGUGUGAUUCUCGGCCAUAGUAAAGGAGGGAACGUGGUGCUCCUAUAUGCCUCAAAAUUUAAAGGUAUAAGAACCGUUGUCAAUAUCUCUGGCCGCUAUACCCCGAAGAAUGGCAUCAAGGAGCGCCUUGGAGAUGACUUCCUGGAAAGAAUCAAGAAAGAAGGUUUCAUUGAUAUGAAGGAUAAAAAAGGGGAAGUCUUGUACCGUGUUACUGAAGAGUCUUUGAUGGAUAGAAUCAACACAGACAUGCAUAAAGCAUGCCAGCAAAUUGACCAAGAUUGCAGUGUGCUUACAAUCCAUGGAUCUGCCGACACGAUUGUCCCUGCUGGAGAUGCAUCAGAGUUCGCAAGGGUCAUACCGAACCACAAGCUACACAUCAUCGAAGGUGCUGAUCAUGGAUACCGUUCUCAUCAAACUGAGCUAGCAUCUACUGUUUUGGAAUUCGUAAAAUCAAGACUGCAGCAGCAUGACAAGAGCACUACUACCUAGACAACUUUCUGGAAUUCCAGCAGUUGUAGUUUGCUGCUGUUAUUCUCAUUAACAUCAUAACAGUAGCGCUAUAGUUGAUAUUGGAUUGAUUUCUUUUUUGGAGGGGAUGCAUGAAAUGCUGCUCUAAUGUAUUGGUCACUGCUGAGACUUUCUGGUGCUGUCACAAUUGGGAGCUUGACCAUUGAACUUGUGAGUUUUUUACUACUAGAGGUUGGCUUAUCAUGCACGUUCCGAUCAUCAGUAUUGUAGAGAUGCAUUUUUCAUGCUAAAAUUCUUAUCAUUUGAAAAUCAUUUUGACAUUUUCGACUAUUCAACUACAUAUUUGCUAAUCUUAUAUACUUAGAUAAUGCAUUUUUCAUUUUCGAGUACUUAUCGAUUGACAACCUUUAUGAGUAAGUAUUAAACAAACAAUGCUAAAACAAAUGCAUCGGUUGCCC